UUUUGCUACUUAAUAACAAGUCAGAGGGGGCUUAUUGCAUACUAAGGAGGAGAAAUUCUGAAACCCUACGUGCACAAUACAUUGAUGCCAAGGAUAUAAGGAUUUGUGUUGGUACAUGGAAUGUUGGGGGGAAAGUUCCGCAUGAUGACUUGGAUAUUGACGAGUGGCUAAAUACAAAUGAACCUGCUGAUAUGUAUGUGCUUGGCUUUCAGGAGGUUGUUCCAUUGAAUGCGGGGAACAUAUUCGGUGCUGAAGACUGCAGUCCAGUGCCAAGAUGGGAAAAUCUCAUUCGUAAGUCACUGAACAAAGUUCAAACGGGAAAACCAACAUGCAAAUGCUACAGUGAUCCUCCUUCUCCUUCAAGGCUCAAGCCCUCUGAAGAUGCUUCUGCCAUUAUCGAAAAAUUGCUUUUGCAUGAAACUGAUAAUGAAAGUGACAAUGAAAUGAUCCAACAAGUCAAUAAUUCCAUGAAUGAUUGUGAUGAUUUCAAUGGGAUUAGCACUGAGAACGGGCUAUCAAUGAAAAAGUUGGAUAAGUGUCAUCGUUUUAGUAUGAUAGACAGUGACAUAAUUCCCAAAACACCAAUUUCUCAACAAAACAAGCUAAUUAAAACAUGUUGGGGCUCAGAAAAGAUUGGCUUGGCAUGGCCAGAACAACCACGGGAACUAUUAGCCAGGCGUGUUUCAGAUAGUCCAACUUUAAGAUCAAAGUCUUUUAAGACUUGCAGUCCACUCGCUUCAGCUUUGGGAGAUAAAAAAGAUUCAUUAUACUUUGGAUCGAUACAAGAGUUUGAUCCACGUGUCAUUUUCCGUGCAAAGAAAAGAUCGUCUUUUGUGAGGAUCAUAAAAAAACAAAUGGUUGGCAUUUUCAUAUCAAUAUGGGCUCGGAGAUACCUUCAAAAGAUUAUUCAAAACGUGAAGGUGUCUUCUGUUGGUGUUGGUGCUAUGGGAUAUAUAGGAAACAAGAGAAAGAGCCUUGUAGCUUCUUCGGUAAUACAGUCAGUGGGAGCAGCAAUGAAUGUUGCAAGCUUGCUAAACUUAUCAAUCACGACUAGGAUGCUUCCACACUCAUAUGAAUUUGGCAAGCUGGUGAUGAAGUUCAUUGAAACACUCUCCCAGGUCUCCAAGGAAUAG